UAGUCCAGCCCGGCACAAACUCAAACUAACUAUGAGACUCCAUUUCCCAGCAAGCUCAGCGUUCAGCGUGCGGUAUGGAGCCGCAUGUCGCAGAACUGAAGCAGAAGAUUGAGGACACCUUAUGUCCUUUUGGCUUCGAGGUUUACCCGUUCCAGGUGGGAUGGUACAAUGAACUCCUGCCUCCAGCCUUCCACUUGCCCUUCCCAGGACCUACCCUAGCCUUCCUGGUACUCAGCACACCUGCUAUGUUUGACAAAGCCCUCAAACCCUUCUUAAAGAGCUACCAGCCCCAACCUCUGAGAGACCCUGUGGAUCAGUGUGUGUCCUACCACCUGAGAAGUGUUACCGAGAAGUUUCCAGAACUGCAAAUAGAAGUCAUUGCUGACUAUGAGGUCCACCCCAACCGGCGCCCUAAGAUUCUAGCCCAGACUGCAGCCCAUGUGUCAGGGGCUGCUUACUACUACCAACGACAAGACGUAGAUGCUGACCCAUGGGGGACCAAGCACAUAGCAGGUGUGUGCAUACACCCCCGAUUUGGGGGCUGGUUUGCUCUCCGAGGGGUAAUGUUGCUGCCAGGGAUUGAAGUGCCAAAUUUGCCACCCAGAAAGCCCCCUGAUUGUGUGCCUACAAGAGCUGGCCGCAUCACUCUACUUGAAGGGUUCAAUUUCCACUGGCGUGACUGGACUUACCGGGAUGCCGUGAGUCCUGAAGAACGGUACUCAGAAGAACAGAAGAUCUACUUUUCCACCCCACCUGCACAACGUUUGGCCCUAUUAGGCUUAGCCCAGCCCUCAGAACGCCCUAGCACUACAUCUGAGCAUCCCAGUUCCACGCUUACCAAGCCUCAGAUUUCCAGCAGAGCACGAAGCUGGCUUAGCCGUGUCUCACCACCUCUGUCCCCGGGCCCUUGAUACCUUUCCCCUGUAGAAUCGCACUUUGGUAGAUUUAUUUGGGGUAGAAUUUGGGUUUUGAAAAAGCGUUGUUGUUUUUUUUUUUUUUUUUUUUUUUUUAGUUUUUAAAACAAGGUUUCUCUGUGUGGCUAUGGCUGUCCUGGAACUCACUCUGUAGACCAGGCUAGCCUCCAACUCGGAGAUUUGCUUGCCUCUGCCUCCUGAGUGCUGGGACUAAAGAUGUGUGAAAGAAGCACAUUUAUUUUGACUAUUUUUGAAGCUCAUCAAAGAGAGUCAAGACUCAAUUUACAUUGGCCAAGACAAACACAUUCAAGACAGACUCAAAAUCAGCAGGUGCCUUCAAAUAUUGGACUCAUGCCUGUUACAAUUUUGUGUAGUACUGCAAGAUACUAUUUAGAGGUGUGGUUCUCAAUCUUCCUAAUGCAGUUCCUCAUGUUGUGGUAACCACCAACAAUAAAAUCACAUUCAUUGUUAUUGAAAUAA